AUGGCUGCAGAAGCAAAGGCCGCCUGGGACGCACAUGUCGACACCAGAACAGGCAAAUCACUACCAAAGGCCGCUGAGCCGUCUGAACUGACUAAGCUGAGAAAUGCGCUUGGUAGCCCCUUCAAGAAGAUGGCCGGUCUCGUCGGCGCAGCAGCAGCGCCAGUCCCCGACACUGGAGAUGGCUCAAAGAUUGCGCCUGAAGACGAUCCCGCCGUUUUGAAGAAGAUUGCAGACGGCCUGGGCGAUCUAUCAUACCUUGGCAUCGACAAUGUAAAGACAUUGCUCGAGAUCCAGAAGGACAAGAUGAUGGGCGGAUACACCGACGACAAGACCUACCUCAUGGAAGGUCUCAUCCGGACAGCUGCAGCCCUGCCAGACGGCUCGAAGAUGCGAGACAAUUUGACCAACACAUUCGUCACACAGCUCUGGAACGAUUUGGAGCAUCCACCACAGUCAUACCUUGGAGCAAAGUACCAGUACAGAUCUGCGGACGGAUCCAACAACAGUCUGAUUCAUCCUCAGCUCGGUGCUGCGGGAACGCCUUACGCUAGGACUGUCAAGCCCUCCAUGAUGCAAACACCAGCGAGACCAGACGCCGGCGUUGUGUUCGACAGCAUCAUGACCAGAAAGCACGCCGAGCUGCAUCCGAACAGGAUUUCGAGUAUGCUAUUUUACAUUGCAUCCAUCAUUAUCCACGACUGCUUCCGCACAGAGCACAGCGAGGAUGGCCUUGACGCCAAUUCACUAACAAGUUCGUACUUGGAUCUGUCCCCUCUGUACGGAAGCAAUCAAGCGGAGCAGGACAAGAUGAGGACUAAGAAAGAUGGAAAGAUCCACCCAGACUGUUUCUCUGAGAACAGACUGUUGUUCUUCCCUCCCGGUGUAGGUGCUAUCUUGAUUAUGUUCAAUCGGUUCCACAAUCACGUCGUGGAGAACCUGGCGAAAAUCAACGAGUUGGGCCGUUUCACCAAACCUUCUGCGGAGCCUCCUAAAGUCAUCGGGGACGAGGAUGACAAGGCUAAGGCGAAGUGGGAUGCGUCUUGGGUCAAGUAUGAUGAGGACCUAUUCCAAACCGGUCGCCUGAUUACGUGCGGCCUGUACGUCAACAUCAUUCUCAUCGACUACGUCCGCACCAUCUUGGAUCUCAACCGAACCGAUAGCAACUGGCAGCUUAACCCUCGCGCUGAAGUGAAGGACCUCCCAAUGGGUAUUGGAAACCAGGUCUCUGCUGAGUUCAACCUGGUUUACAGGUGGCACUCUACGGUCUCUGACCGUGAUGAGAAAUGGACGAAAGAACUGAUGAAUAAAGUGUUCAAAGGACAGGAUCCCACAACGUUGACAAAGGACGAUUUCACGGGCAAGCUCCAUGAGUAUUACAAGAAAGACUACAAGGCAAACCCAUCGGAGCGCGACUUUGCCAACUUGAAGCGCAAUGCCGACGGUACACUUCCCGACGACGACCUCGUCCACAUCCUCACUCAGAGUAUCGAAGACUGUGCCAACUCUUUUGGUCCGAACAGAGUCCCUGCGGUCUUCCGUGCCAUCGAAGUGAUGGGUAUCGAGCAAGCGCGAAAGUGGAACCUUGGUUCGCUGAACGAAUUUAGGAAGUACUUCCACCUGGAACCGCACCGAACCUUCGAGGAUAUCACCAGCGACAAGUACGUGCAGCAGCAGCUGAAGCACUUGUAUGAUCAUCCAGACAAGGUCGAAAUCUACCCUGGUAUCGUGGUCGAAGAUGCAAAGCAAGCUAUGGCACCUGGUUCCGGUCUGACACCACCGUACACGGUUUCGCGUGCCGUACUGUCAGAUGCUGUAGCCCUUGUUCGUGGAGAUCGAUUCUACACACACGACUACAACCCACGAACACUGACCAAUUGGGGUUACUCACUUGUCAAUUUUGACACUGGCGUUGACAACGGCUGUGUGUUCUACAAACUCUUCCUCCACGCCUUCCCCAAUCAUUUCAAGAGCAACAGUGUUUACGUGCACUACCCGCUCACCAUCCCGUCGGCCAUGGAAGAGUCACUCAAGGAUUUGGGCAAGGCCAAGCUCUACGACUUCUCAAAGCCCAGUACAAGCUCGCACCCACAGCUUGUCAAGGAGUAUAAAGUUGCGACCGAGAUCAUGAAAAAUCAGGAGACCUUCAAGGUUACUUGGGGCGAAGCCAUGGAAUACAUUAUGGGUUCUGCUUCGAGGGACUUCAUGCUCGCUGGCGACGGCAAGAAGAACGCCGAGUCUCGCGAGAUGGUCAGGAAGGCCUUGUACGUCGCCGACUGGGACAAGGAAGUACGCAGCUACUACACGGCCAAGACACGUGAGCUUCUUGUCGAGAAGAGCGCAAAGAUUUCCAACUUCAACCAGAUCGACAUCAUUCGCGAUGUUGGCAACCUCGCACAUGUGCACUUUUGCGCUGAACUCUUCAUGCUGCCCCUCAAGACCGAGGAGCGGCCCCACGGUAUUUUCACAGAAGCUGAGCUCUAUCUCAUGAUGUCGGGCGUCUUUGCCCUCAUCUUCUUCGAUGUCGACCCCGCUCGCUCUUUCCCUCUGCACCUCAAAGCACACGAGGCUACAAAAGUCCUUGGUGACGUCGUCGCUAAGAAUGUCGAAGCUAUUGCACGCUCCGGGAUUCUGUCACGCAUCACACAAGCCAUCUGGCCCAAUGACUCCGCGCUCAAGAGCUAUGGUAUUCACUUCAUCGAGCGCUUGUUGAAGUCCGGCAUUGAGCCCGAGAAGCUUGUCUGGGGCCACAUCCUUGGCACAGCAGGCGGCAUGGUAUCGAACCAAGGCCAACUCUUUGGUCAAACACUUGAAUACUACCUCCUUGGUGCGGGCCACAAGCACUGGGCCGACAUCCAGAAACUCGCCCACGACGAAAGCGAACCCGCCUUCCAGAAACUCCAGCGCUACCUCCUCGAAGGCUCGCGCUUGGCUGGCGAAACAGCAGUUAUCCGUCAAACCGCCAAAGACACCACCGUCACUGACUCCGGCCGCACGCUCAACCUCAAAGCCGGCGACAAGAUCUUCGUCAAUUUGCGCGCUGCAUCGCACGAUCCCACCAUCUUCCCCAACCCCGAUGAAGUCGACCUCAACAGGCCGAUGGACAGCUACAUUCACCUUGGCUACGGGCCACACCAGUGCUUAGGGCUGCCAAUGGCUAAGGUCACAUUGACGUGUAUGCUGAAGGAGGUCGCGAAGUUGAAGAAUUUGAGGCCUGCGUUGGGCGAUCAGGGGAAGUUGCAUAAGGUCGAGAAGAAGAUGUAUCCGGGUGAGAAGUAUCCGUAUCAUGCGUAUUUGACGGAGAAUUGGGAUAUGUAUUUCCCGUUCCCUUGUGCGCUGAAGGUCUGCUGGGAUGAUUGA